AUGCUACCAGGAGAUGGGCCUCCGCUUCGCGCGCUCCCAGAGGCAGACCUGUGGCCAAUUACUCUGGUCUUUGAUUGCGAUGACUCCAACAACGUAGGCCCUUACAACCUCAUGGUCCGAUGGCUAGCUAUCGACCCUUGUGCUUCUAUGCCGAAGGCACAGCAAACGCAGCUUCAAACUGGGUAUCGGUUCUUGUUCAUAGCAGACUGUGACAUUCCCCCGGAGCUCCCGGCUCGAGUCCACAAGCCAACGACCGAAAUCGAUAACAAGAUCCAGCACCUUAUCAUUUCUGAUCUCAAAGCCCCUGCCGGCGAGGACAGAAAGGCCUACGGGUUCAGGUUGUUCGUCACAAUCGCAGACGCCGCGACCGUAAAGCUGUACUUCGACACCUGCGUGAGGUAUUGGUCUAGACCUAUCGACCACGUGCAACUCAUGGACGACAGUGAAGGCAGUCAUUCGUCGGUCACAGUGGACAGUGAUCAAUUCACGAAGGACGGUCAGAAUAUGCGUGAGUGCCCUGACGUGAUGUUCCGGCUUUGGCGCAGACCUCAACUAUUUGAAACAUCAUCAAUCUUCUACAAUCCACUCAGUUCUUUUUGCGGAACUUAG